AUGCCCGUUGUUUUGGUGCGCCCGACCAAUCGGACGCGGCGGCUGGAUUCUACGGGAGCCGGGAUGGGCCCGUCGUGGCGGCAGCAGGACGCUCUCCUGCCGACCGUCACGCAUUGCGCAGGGUGCACCACCGCCCGGUCCUCCUGCGGCUUUAACGGCCCCGGCAUGGACCCGCCGCGCCACUUCCCGGCGGGCUUCGGCCCCGAGCAGCAGCAGCAGCAGCAACAGCAGCAGCAGCAGCAGCAGCAGCGCCCGCCGGCGCCACCGCACUGCCAGCAGCACGGCCAGGACAAGCAGAGCCUCCUCCAGCAGCAGCAGCAGCAGAGCCCGUGCCUCCAGUGCAACAACUGCGCCUACUACGGGGCUGCUGCGGCAGCCGCGGGGGAUAACCUACCCCUGCUGCUCCGCGCCUCCUCGCCGCUUUCGGGCGCCUUUCGGACGCAUUCCUCGCCGCUGUCUUCCGCCGCCUCCUCCCGGCACGGCAGCCAGCUGAACGUCAGCGAGUUCACCCCGUCCAGCCAUGCUGGCGCGUCCAGACAGCCUCACCAAUAUUCCCAGUACCACCAGUGCCAUAGCCUACAGCAGCAGCAGGCAGCCAGCCCCAGCAGCAGUGUCAGCAGCAGCAGCACUCACCAUCAUCAUCACCAUCACCAUCACCACCACCAUCACCAGCAGCGCCGGGAGAGCAACCCCUUCACCGAAAUAGCCAUGAGCAGCUGCAGGUACAACGGCGGCGUUAUGCGGCCGCUCAGCAACCUGAGCUCGUCCCGCAGGAACCUGCACGACUUGGACUCCGAGUCGCAGCCGCUCCAGGCGCCGCUCGCCAGCCCCACCGCCGCCGCCGCCUCUGCUCCCGCCGCCGGCAGCCCCGCCGCGCCAGAGAUCGUGGUCUCCAAGCCCGAACACAACAACUCCAACAACCUGGCGCUGUACAGCUCCGCCGGCCCCGGUCCCGGCACGGGCAGCGCCAACAACGGCGGGGGCAAGUCCAGCAAGAAGAAGAACCAGAACAUCGGCUACAAGCUGGGACACCGCCGGGCUCUCUUCGAGAAGCGCAAGCGCCUCAGCGACUACGCGCUCAUCUUCGGCAUGUUCGGCAUCGUCGUAAUGGUCAUCGAGACCGAACUCUCCUGGGGCGCCUAUACCAAGGAGUCUCUGUAUUCCCUCGCUCUGAAAUGCCUUAUUAGCCUCUCCACGAUUAUCCUGCUCGGGCUCAUCAUCGUGUACCACGCAAGAGAAAUCCAGUUGUUCAUGGUGGACAAUGGAGCAGAUGACUGGAGAAUAGCCAUGACUUAUGAGCGUAUUUUCUUUAUCUGCUUGGAAAUACUGGUGUGUGCUAUACAUCCCAUACCUGGGAAUUACACAUUCACAUGGACAGCCCGGCUCGCCUUUUCUUACGCUCCAUCCACAACAACAGCUGAUGUGGAUAUUAUUUUAUCUAUACCAAUGUUCUUAAGACUAUAUCUUAUUGCCAGAGUUAUGCUUUUGCAUAGCAAACUUUUCACUGAUGCCUCAUCUAGAAGCAUUGGAGCAUUAAAUAAGAUAAACUUCAAUACCCGUUUUGUUAUGAAGACUCUAAUGACAAUAUGUCCAGGAACUGUACUGUUGGUUUUUAGUAUCUCCUUAUGGAUAAUUGCUGCAUGGACUGUCCGAGCUUGUGAAAGAUACCAUGACCAACAGGAUGUUACUAGCAACUUCCUUGGAGCAAUGUGGUUGAUUUCAAUAACUUUUCUAUCCAUUGGAUAUGGGGAUAUGGUACCAAAUACAUACUGUGGAAAAGGGGUCUGUUUACUUACUGGAAUCAUGGGUGCUGGGUGCACUGCACUGGUGGUAGCUGUGGUGGCAAGGAAGUUAGAACUUACCAAAGCUGAAAAACAUGUGCAUAAUUUCAUGAUGGACACCCAGCUAACUAAAAGAGUGAAAAAUGCAGCGGCCAAUGUACUCAGGGAAACAUGGUUAAUUUAUAAAAACACAAAGCUGGUUAAAAAAAUAGACCAUGCAAAAGUAAGGAAACAUCAACGCAAAUUCCUGCAAGCUAUUCAUCAAUUAAGAAGUGUAAAAAUGGAACAAAGGAAACUGAAUGAUCAAGCCAACACUUUGGUGGACCUGGCAAAGACCCAAAACAUCAUGUAUGACAUGAUUUCUGACUUAAAUGAAAGAAGUGAAGAUUUUGAGAAGAGAAUUGUUACUCUGGAAACUAAACUGGAAACAUUAAUUGGUAGCAUUCAAGCUCUUCCUGGACUGAUUAGCCAGACAAUCAGCCAGCAACAGAGGGAAUUCCUCGAGGCUCAGAUACAAAAUUAUGAUAAGCAUGUUGCCUACAGUGCUGAACGAUCACGAUCUUUGUCAAGAAGAAGGAGAUCAUCCUCCACAGCACCACCAACUUCAUCAGAGAGUAGCUAGAAGAGAAUAAGUUAACCGCAAAAUAAAGACUCUUUGCCAUCAUAUGGUCAAUAUUUUAGCUUUUAUUGUAAAGCCCUAUGGUUCUAGCCAGCGUUAUCUGGGUUCUGAUGUCAGAAUCCUGGAAACCUGAAAACAUUUUAGGCCAAAAUGAGUGAAAACUUUUUUGUUUUUCCCCCCUCCUCUCAGAUGCACAGUGAAUGCACCUAGUAUUGCUAUAUUAGAUUGUUCUUCCUGUAAUUUCACUUUUUAUUCAUGCACUUCAAACAAGCUUUACUAGUACAAUACACAAUCUAAUAUAAUAAAAAUGUUAUUUUCUGCACAUAGUUACUUGAUUACCUUGACCUAACAACCAAAAAAAAAAAAAAUUAAAAAAAAUAAAAAAAAAUCACAAUCAAAAGACUUAAUUAUGAAAUUUAAAGAAACUAAAUUGAAGCUUAAUAAUUAUUUCUCAGUGUGAAAGCUAACUGUCUAAACUUUGCUUGCAGUGGAGGGGGAAAAAAAUUAUUACUCUAACAGUGUGCUGUAUAUGUAUAGUCAUUUUAAAAGGUCACUGACAGCUUUGAUUUCUGAAGUGAUUAAUUAAAUAUAUAGCUUACCCUAGAAAAUAAGUCUCAGAAUAAGCUAUGGGAUUUUAAAAUAUUAUUAGGACUUUUAUUUAACAUGCAUUGGUACAUACACACACAUAGAUAAUAUAUAUAUACAUAUGUAUUUAUGUAUAUAAAAUUAUUUAUGCACUGCCCAUAGCAAUGAUCUUUUAAACUGACUAUCCGUAAAGCAACUGGCAUGCAAAAAGCACAGGCAAAGUCCUGUUUACUUAUUCAUAACAAUGCCAGGUAAGUUUGUCCAGAUCAAAAGUAUCACUUUCUCCCAGAGGUCUCCUAAUAAUGCUGUUUGGGUUUUGAAAGUGUUAGGUUGCUACUUUCUCCACUCCUUUCUUUGUGUUUCUGGAGUGAAUGAUUGACACACAGACUUUCAGUAUACACAGUUGUGUGAUGGCAGCACAGUGUCCUGUAUACAUUAGGUUUGGGCAAUCCCCAUGGUUCCUGCUAUGCAGUCAAGCUUAGCAAAACACUUCUAGCAAUAUUUCCAAAGUCUCCUGUAAAAAGCCAGUUGUAGGCUGGAGUUACAACAGUAGGGUAUCUAGUACUUUAUUUUCAUGCAUAAAAAUAAGUUCUCCUACUUUAUUAAAGUAAAAAAAAAAA